UUUGUUUCCACAACCAUUCUCGUUGCUUCUCUUAUCUUCUUCUUGUCUCUCUUUUCUCUGUGAUACUGAUUUAGAGGAAGAGUAAAGAAAAAAAAAUGGCCUUGCAAGUGCAGGCACACACUAAAAUCAGCCUUCACACAGCACCCACUGCCAAUACUAGCAUUCGAAGACCCUUCAACCCUUUAGCUCUGAAAUCAUCAUCCUUCUUCUGUGGUUCAAUCAACCUAUUACUUCAUCCUAAUCAACACCAUCUUACUUCAGGGGCACCCAGGAUUUCCAUGCGCGUGGCUUCCAAGCAAGCCUAUAUCUGUCGCGAUUGCGGAUAUAUUUACAACGAUAGGACUCCUUUUGAAAAGUUGCCUGAUAGCUACUUCUGCCCUGUUUGUGGUGCUCCAAAACGAAGAUUUAAGACCUAUGCACCAGCUGUCACAAAAAACGCAAAUGAUACAGCUGUUAGAAAGGCACGAAAAGCCGAAGUACAGAGAGAUGAAGCAAUUGGGAAGGCACUUCCUAUUGCGGUUGUCGUGGGAAUUGCUGUGCUGGCUGGAUUAUAUUUCUAUCUGAACAGCGUAUACUAGGCUGAAUGUUGGGUAUAUUCUAGGAUUUUUCAUCCAUCUUGAACAAAAUGUAUAAAGCCAGCACUUUAAUGAUUUUGGUAUUUUCGACUGAAAACCAAAUAUUGACAUUUGCCAGAAAGAUCGAGAUAGUAAUAAUUUACGAGUAGGACAAUAAACUGACAGGUAGUUAUGGUAGCAGAGUUAAUUCAUUGUAGCUAUAUGAAAGGCUUUAAUUCAAGAGAGAAAACAUAUAAUUG